CAACCGCCCAGUUUUGCGAUAAACGGAAUAGAUGUAUAAAGAGUACUCGAUUUGAUGGAUUUCCCAUCUUUCACCCCCUCUUCCUAAUUACUUCAUGCCUCCUUCUCUACGCCUAAUUAGAAUCCGUUGAUCAUAACAAUUGAAGUGAAAAAGGUUAGUCGUCAUCACCAAAAUUUCUCUGGGUAGGUGCGUGACAUACAUAAGUCAGACCCCUACAACCAACUCUCUCUCUCUCUUUCUCUCUCCCUCGGCGGCGUCUAUAUGGUACGCACCGCCGCACUGAUGUCGAAAAUGAGAGACAGCGGCGAGAUGGCAUACGGAAUGGGAGGGCCUUACAGACAUUUCACGGACACGAUCCUGAGACCGUUGCUGGCGGCUAUCACCCUGCAGGCCCGCUCUUCCCUCGCCGUCUUCUUUCUCACGCUUCUCUGCGUCGGCGCGUUCAUCUCCACGCGCUUUCUUGACUCCACUCUCAACUCCGCUACUGGUAGUAGAAAAUCCUCGGAGAAGUCAAUGUUAACUUUCACGACAUAUUCCAAUGACACCCACAACACACCAAAAAUGCCUCAAAGAAUAGAAAUCCCACUGGAUUGCUCACUUGAAAAUCCUACGGAAAGCUGCCCUCCAAAUUAUUACCCAUCAAAGCUGCCCACAGAAAUCCAAGACUCCCAAACAACACCUCCAUCAUCAUGCCCCGAAUAUUUCCGUUGGAUCUAUGACGACUUGUGGGCGUGGAGGGAGACUGGAAUAACCAGAGAAAUGGUGAUGAGGGCCAGGAGAACUGCCAACUUCCGGCUGGUCAUAGUGAAUGGGAUUGCUUACUAUCAGAGAUACCGCAAGUCAUUUCAAAGUAGAGACACUUUUACCUUAUGGGGCAUUCUACAACUGUUAAGAAGGUAUCCUGGAAAAGUGCCCGAUUUGGACCUAAUGUUUGACAAUGUUGAUUGGCCCGUCGUCAAGAAGAGACGUUUUCCAGGUCCAAAUAACACAGCCCCACCUCCACUGUUCCGAUACUGCGGGGACGACACUACUUGGGAUAUUGUCUUUCCUGAUUGGUCCUUCUGGGGAUGGCCUGAAAUCAAUAUUAAGCCAUGGGAGGUUUUAUCAAAGGAGUUGGAGCAAGGGAAUAGAAAGAUCAGUUGGGUGGAGAGAGAACCAUAUGCAUACUGGAAAGGAAACCCUGAAGUUGCAGAAACCAGAAAGGAUUUGCUCAAAUGUAACAUCUCCGAGAAGCACGAUUGGGGUGCUCGUGUGUACGCCCAGGACUGGAUCCAAGAACAAAAACAAGGUUACCAACAGUCCAACCUAGCUGACCAGUGCAUUCACCGAUACAAGAUUUACAUUGAAGGAUCAGCAUGGUCUGUUAGUGAGAAAUACAUAUUGGCAUGUGAUUCUGUAACUUUACUAGUAAAACCACAUUACUAUGAUUUCUACACCAGAGGUUUGAUGCCAUUGAAGCACUACUGGCCAAUUAGGGAUGAUGACAAAUGCAGGUCUAUUAAGCAUGCCGUUGAAUGGGGCAAUAGUCAUUUGCAAAAGGCACAAGAGAUUGGAAAGGAAGGAAGCAAAUAUGUUCAGGAAGAACUGAAGAUGGAAUACGUGUAUGACUACAUGUUCCAUCUGUUGAAUGAGUAUGCGAAGCUCUUGA